GGAAGGCAACCAUGAAUAGGUUAGUUUGGACUUUGUGUGAGCUACAUAUAAUUUCUAGGAAAACAAUUAAUCAACCAAUACUCUUAUUUCAAUCAAAUCAAACCCAGAAAUGAUUUCAUCAAAAUUUCAAAAAAUCUUCCAUCAACGUUCUACCUACCCAAUACCCUUAUUCGGAAAACAAAAUAUAGUACAAAUACUAUUCAUUGUACUUGGAAUUGCCGGGCUAAUCUUCGGGCUAGCUGCUUUUUCGGGUUCUUUUUUAAACAAUAACAAUAAAAUCAUUGAAUCGACAAAGGUAGCAGUGGUAUGUGAUCAAGUAAAUAAUAGUGUUGCAACUGAUGUUGUUAUUUCGGAUGAUUCUUUGAAAGUAAAGGAGGAAAUAAAGAAGAGGUAUAAAGUAAAGGGAUUUGUUGGUAUAUUUACGGGUUUUGGAUCCGUUGGUCGACGUCGUGCUUUGCGCCAAACAUGGUUGCCUUCUACUCGUGAUGGGCUUCAACGACUGGAAGAAGGUACUGAUCUGAGAAUCAGGUUCAUCAUAGGCAGAACAGAUGAUGAAGAGAAAAUGUCAGAGCUUAAAAACGAAAUUGCUGAAUAUGAUGAUUUUGUUGAGUUGGAUUUAGUUGAAGAAUACAGAAAACUCCCUUACAAAACGUUAGCUUUCUUGAAAGCUGUUUAUACACUCUAUGAUUCUGAAUACUAUGUCAAAGCAGAUGAUGAUAUUUAUCUCAGACCAGAUCGUCUUUCGCUCCUCCUAGAUAAAGAACGGUCGAAUCCUAGAACUUAUAUGGGGUGCAUGAAACAUGGAAUAGUCUUCAAAACUCCCAAAGUUAAAUGGUAUGAACCUUUGGCUCAUCUGUUUGGCCCACAGUACUUCCUCCAUGCCUAUGGUCCAAUUUAUGUCCUAUCUGCCAAAGUUGUCCAAACAUUGGCUUCCAUAAGUGAUGAUGAUUUUAGAAUGUUUGGAAACGAAGAUGUGAUGAUUGGAGCAUGGAUGGUGGCUAUGAACGUAAAUCAUGAGGAUGUUGCUGAUUUAUGUUCAAACAAUUGUACAUCAACUUCUAUUGCUGUUUGGGAUAAACCUAAAUGUUCUGGUCUUUGUGAUCCUGAAACAAGUUUAUUGGAACUACAUAACAAGGAAGAGUGCACAGACAACAAUACCACCAACGAAUAAAUACUACUUCACAUUUGUAUUCAAUUCAUUUACUUGAGGGACUUUUUGCAUUACUCCUCCGUCCCACUCAUUUUACUAUAUUUAGAUUAAAAAGCUGUCGUAUUGAAAGUCAUAAUGUAACAAUCUGAGUGGGAUAUAGAAGAUUAUUUAUUUAUUUUUUUUUAUGAAUUUUAGUAUACUUAUAGGCUAUUGGCCGGAAAUCAUUUUAUAAGUCAAAUUAUAUUUAUCGUUAUUCUUGUUAAGGACUGGACGCAAUUGAGUUGCACUAGGUCUAUUGCUAGUGUUUAGGAUUUGUCUUAUUAACAGAAUUUGUUGGUUGAGAGACUUAUUUUUGGUGUCUGAUCCAUCUUGUAAGAAGACCAUCUUAAUGACUAAACAAGGACUAAACACAAUUAAUUUGCAGUAAGUUUGUUGUUAGCGUUUAAGGUUUGUCUCAAGAGAGAUUAUUGGUAAAAGAACUUAAUUUUGCUAUAUAGCCCUUCUGGUAAUAAGACCAUUUUAAUUAUUCAUGAAGGAUUGAUUGCUGAAAUGGGGCCAUGACCACAGUGUUGAUUAUAUUUUGUUAAUGUCACCUGCUUCUUAAAU